UGGAACCGCGGAUAUCGUUCGUUUGUUCGAGUGUUUAAGUGAUCGUGGUGCGUGCGUGUUGUGUGGUCCGGAGAGUUACCUAGCGUGUGAAAUAUGCUACCAUACAGUUCGUACGCUGCGGCUAUUCAGCAAAUUCAAAGCCUAAACCAUGAGCUAGCUCUGUUUAACCAUCCGGCGGCAACCGCAGGUCGAUAUCUGCCGCACGGAGCGGAUCAUAGUGUGAGCACACUCGGGAGUUCGUACUUUGGGCUCAACAAUUGGUCGCUACCGUUUUCGUUCCUUAAAUCGGUGCACCGUCCCGAGAAGCCACCGUUUUCCUACAUUGCCCUGAUCGCGAUGGCCAUCAGCAGUGCACCGAAUCAACGGCUCACACUUAGUGGCAUCUACAAGUACAUAAUGGAUAACUUCCCGUAUUAUCGUGAGAACCGCCAGGGAUGGCAGAAUUCGAUCCGCCACAAUCUCUCGUUGAAUGAUUGCUUCAUCAAAGUGCCACGUGACAAGGCGCCCACUAGCCCCAAAGGUACGGACAGUGCAGAGGAUGGUGGUGGUAAUGGUGGUGGUAGUGGUGGCAAAGGCAGCUACUGGAUGCUCGAUCCGUCGGCCAACGAUAUGUUCGAGCAGGGAAACUAUCGCCGACGGAGAACGCGUCGCCAGCGGAACGCCAAGAUGAUCCUGAAUGGCCACUUCCAGGGUUCACCAUUUGCCUUUGCCUAUCCACCGACCGCUGGUCCCGGGGGAAUUCCGGGCGUUGACUUCAUGAGACCAUCCGUCGCCCAUCAGCUUCAGCAAUCCAUUCAUGGCCACGCUAGUAGUGGUGGUGCUGGUGGUGCCGAUGGCACCGAUUUCCAUCAUCUGAUAGUGCGUAAUGAUUUGCAUCGGGAGCAGCAGCACCAGGAUCAGCAGCCACCAAUGACGGGAUGCUCGCCGAUGUUAUUAUCAGGACCUGCUGCCGGCUGCUACACGACCACCUACGGCCACGGACCGUUGAGUGUGCCUUCAUUAACGGAUCCUGCCACCGAUUACACGACGGCGGGAAGACGGGACGAAGCGGUGCUACGUGAUUCACCUGCUUUUGGCCAUUCCGGCGACCAGCAUGGCGAUGGAGCGUUGGUUAAACACGAAAGAAUCGGUAAAGUUUCACGAAACUUUGCCUUGGAAGAUGAGGAAGAGGAGAAUGGAGAGGAUUCAGUGGAUGCGGAGGAUGAAGACCGGACUUCCGAUCACAGUUUCGGUGGCCAAAUGAAGCGAAAGGCAAGCGGCCGCCAGGCUGCAAGAAGGCCAUACUGUUCACCGAAUUAUCCUAGCGCUGCUCUUCCUCCCUUCUUGCUGAGCGAGCUAAAUGGGCUGCGUGUCAGAAGCUGUCCGUCGAUGGCUGCGUACUGUCUGCUGGAGACAGCUGCAGGAUCAAACGAGCUUUCCGGUAGAGCUUUCGGUGGUGCUGUGGGUUCGUUUGGCAAAGAGGAGCUCGAGACCAGCGCACCGGCCGUAACUGAGCCCUCGACCAACGGUAGACCGGUGUUGGUACGCAAAUCCGGUAGCACAGAGUGCAAGGUAAACAACGACCAGCAGCAGGAACAGGAAGUCCUUCCUGGCACGACAGAAACCGGUAGCUCACCGGUGCCACGAUACAGCAUCGCCGCAAAGGCAGUCAAGUCAAGCAAUUUCACCAUCGAAAGCAUUAUGCGGCGAGAGUGA